AUGCCGCUCCCGUCCCUCCGCGCUCUGCUCGGGCUCCUCCUGCUGCUCCCAGGUUCCACAGCUCCCACAAACUCCUCCACCCCUGCUGGAUCAGGUCCAUCCCAACCAACAGCACCCAGCCCUGAAGCCAAGAACCACAGCCCAGAGCCAUCAGUAAAAUCAACACCAGCGACCAAACUGAGCCUCACCUCUGUGGGUCAAACUCCUACAGCCAAACCCUCCCCCACCACUACAACAACUCUGACAGCAAUCACUGAGAGAGAUGAUAAGUCCAGUGGAAACAGAAGCACAGCAGCUCCUUCUCCAGCACCUCGAGGUCAGGAUCCCAUGAGGAAUGAGAGCACCACAACAUCAGCAACUCAAGGUGUUUCCUCCUCACAGACAGGCACCUCAAAACCCAUCACCCCAACACCCAACUCCUCCAACCAAUUGCCCAGUCCCACCCCAACAGAUGAGAAAUCACCGCUGACAGUGGCAGCUUUUGGUGUCAUCAGCUUUGUCGUUAUCCUGAUAGUGGUGGUCAUCAUCCUGGUCAGCGUGGUCAGCCUGAGGUUCAAGUGCAACCACUCCAAGGACUCUGAAGACAAACAGAAACCAGGAACCUCCAUGGUAUCAGAGAGCUGCUCGGCAGACACGAGCCAGAAGGGGAACAGCAUCACUCUGAUCUCCAUGAAGAACAUCAACACCAACAACAGCAUGAGCUACCCCCCAUCAGAAAAGGUUUCCCUCUUCAGCCUUGCUUUUUAG